AUGGGUCUAUUAAGAAGUGGUAACAUCCUUUCUUGGAACAAACUAAAAAAGACAAAAGAAAUUAUUAAAAACCGAGGAAUAGACCAAUUUUUUACGGUGUAUACACGAAAUAAAGACAAUGUAACACCAAAAAAGGCCUUUGGUAAAGAAUUAGAACUUAUAACUGUUAUUAAAACAGGAAAUAAAUACAAAUUAUAUUGUGGAAGUGAAAAAAUUAUAAGUAAAGUUGAAGAUAGUUCAGUGGAAUAUGCUAGAUACAUGGUAGAAAUAAACAAUUUAAUUCCAUAUGACGAUAAAACCAUUAAAUGUGUAGAAGAUGGGAUUAUUAAAGGGAUUUCAGACAUAGAAAAAAUAACGGAAGAUAAUGUUUCAAUUAUAAUGAUGCCUUGCUUCCCAUGUAUGAAUUUUCAAUAUUUUUAUGACUUAGUACCUCUAACCGAUGAUAUAACCCUUUCAUUAAAUUUUCCUGAUAAUGCCAUAACACAACAUAAAAGAUUUGAGUCGUUUACUAAAAAUAUUCGGAACAGGCGAGGGAAGAAACCGGAAGGAUACAUUGAAGUUAUGGAUGAUAUAAAUACGAAAUUUGAUGAAUAUAAUAAAUAUAUACACAUAGAUUCAAUGGGCCAAGGUAUGGGUUGUUGUGGUCUGCAAGUUACGAUGCAAGGUAAAACAAUAGCUGAAGCUAGAUAUGUAUACGAUAUGAUGGGAAUACUUGGACCAUUAUUGCUAAGAUUAACUAGAGGAACGCCUUGUGCCAACGGUAAAUUAUUAAAAACUGAGACUAGAUGGGAAAUGUUAGAAAUGAGUGUUGAUUGUAGAAAAACGGAGGAAAGGGGAAGUGAAUGCAUGUAUUCAAAUAAAUAUAAAGAAUAUCCAUAUUCUAAAAAGAUUCCAAAAAGCAGGUGUUCUCCAUUUGAUUUAUUUAUUUCUAAUGACGCUAGAAAUUUAGACAAGUACAACGAUACAAAUCCACCGAUCCACGUGCCGAUUUUUAAUAAAUUAAUAAAGAAAGGUGUUGAUGAAAAAUUGUCGCGACAUGUAGCAUCUUUAUUUAUUCGCGAUCCUAUAGUCUCAUAUGACGAAACAGAUGAAAGCACAUUUGACGAUUUUGAAAACAUACAAAGUUCAAAUUGGAGAUCUGUAAGGUUUAAAGUACCAACAGAAAGUUCUGAUAAAGAUUUAAGAGGAUGGAAAGUUGAAGUUCGUCCUAUGGAAAUGCAAGCAACUCCCUUUGAAAAUGCAGCAUUUAUAUAUUUUACAUAUUUAACUGUACAGGCUAUUCUUCAGUACAAUUUAAAUUUUUAUAUUCCUGUUUCAAAAGUAGACACAAAUUUUAUACGUGCGAAUCAUUUUAUUCGGAAGGCAUCCGACUAUAAAUUUAAAUUGAGUGAAGAUGAGCAGAAAUUUUGGUAUAGAUCCAAUUUUGACUCAAAUGAAGAAGCGCAAAUUUGUGAAGGUACAAUAAAAGACAUUUUUAUUGGAAGUGAAUCAGAAAAAGGUAUUUUGUACUAUAUAUACAAAGUUAUAGAUGAAAAUUUUUUUGAUCACAGAGAUUUUUUACUAGAAUACAUAAAAUUUAUAGAAGAUAAAAUUAACAAUAAAUAUCUUUCAUAUGGUGACUGGAUUAGAAAAUUUAUUAUUAAUCACACAGACUAUAAACAAGACAGUAAAAUUUCAGACAAGAUUUUACAAGAUCUUAUAGAAAGAAUAAUAAAUAUUAGAAAAGAAAACAAUUUAGACUAUUUAAAAAACAUAUAA